AGUGCGUUGCCGCAUUUGUCCAGGAUGUGGAAGUUUGUGCUGACGGUGUGUCUGCUGCAUCAGAACCAGGCUGUACCUUUGCCAUGGGAACACGGCAGCCUGCAGCCCUUUCUUCAACAACAACUGGACCAAUCAUCACCUUCUCCUCCUCCUGAUGUCCUCCAGCAGACAACAUCCUCCUCGUCCUCCUCUUCAUCAUCAUCAUCAGUCUCCUCCGAGUCGAGCCAGAGUUCAGAGGAAGCUCAACAGCUGCGAGAACAACAGAACCUGGAGAACACGGCGGUGGAGCAGGUGGACACCUCCCAGGAGAGCUCGGAGCUACCCCAGUCUCCCAGUAACACCACCAGCAGUCUGUGGCUCAAUGAACUGAUUUUAGUGGGGGAGAGAGCAGGUGAGCGGGACAGAGAGACGGAAACAGGAGACAACAGCGCCGAGAGCACAGAGAGCCGACACCGGGCUCUGAUGUUGACCUUUCAUGACCUCCUGAGUGCACCUCGACUUGACGGACACGGAGUCGAAGCUGCCGCAGAGGCAGCCGAAGUCAUCACACACAUGGGCGGGGCUGAAGGUGAAGCAGGCGUGACAACCGGAGAGGUGGGCGGGGAAACUGCGGACACGGGUGUGGUAGCCGGGGAGAAGGGCGGGGUCAGAGGAGAAGAGAUCGAUGCCGAAUUCCCCCGACUGAUGGACGACAGCACGGAGGCAGCGGACGGACAUGCCAACCAUCACGGUUACCAUGGAAAUGAGGCGGAGCUGGAGCUGGGGCUGUGACCGAAGCCACGCCCCCUAAACUGUUGACAGCUAUUAAUCAGUAAACAAUCAAUAAUCAGACCUAUUACUACUGUAUUAAUCAUGUUUAUCAUCUGUGUGUAAAGAGUUUGUUAUUAAUCUCUUUAACUCGUUAUUAUGAAGACGACCACGACACAAAAAGAUCCCAACGUUUCCCGAAAUCUGGAGAAAGAGCUGUAACACAAUGAUACAAAAUAGGUGAAAUCAGAUGAUUUUACAACCUUAAAGCUAGUUAAGGGAAAAUUAUAUGAAAGUUAAGGGAUUACUAAUAAUAGCACCAAAGCUUUUUGAAACAUAACCAGAAAUAUAUCUGUAUUUUUAUUUUCUAUGCAUCAGUAAAAAAAAAACUUAUAUGUUGAGGUGGUGCAAAAAAGGUGGAGCCAUGUCAGAUGAUUUUUUAGGCACUGAGGAGGCACUUUUCUCUUUUUUUUUGGCUCAGGGGUGGGGCAUACAAAUUUAAAUGGUUAUAUUUUAUAUUUAUAUCACCAUUGAUUUUUAAAGAAAAAGUAACUGAAGGAAGUUUUGUAAGGGGUUAAAAAUGUGUCCAUUUUGUUCUUCUUUAAAAGUUUUUGUCAAUUUCGUUUUGGUGAAAAACAAUUGCAGAUUUUUUUUUAUUUUGGCUAAAAUUUUUGAUUUUUUUUUUCCUUUAAAAGUUUUUGGCUUUUUUGUUUUUGUUAAAAACAUUUGCCGAUUUUUUUUUUGGUCCAGAAGAGUUAACAGAAAACGAGCUGAAAACAAUAAAUCAGUCUGAUCUUUAUGAUACUGAGCCGUAAUAAUAAUGUUACUGUAUACGUUCAUAUUUAAGUGUGUUUAUCCUGAUGUUGGUGAAUAAACUUCUAUAAACAGACUUAUUGUUGCUCUUAAUUCUGUAUAAUAUUGUUUUAAUUAAAAGAAACUAAAAACCUGCUUUAACUUGAAAAUAUUAAAACACAUAUUUACAAAAAAUUUGACUAAUUAUAAAGUGUAUGUAUUAUAGUAUGUAGUAUACACUCAUUAUAUUCUACUGAUUAACACACAUACUAAAAGAAGUGUUUCAGUGUACUAUUAUAUAAUAAUAAUAAUAAUAAUAAUCUGUUAUUAUUCCUAUAUAUAUAUAGUAGUUUCAUUGGCGGUGGCGGAGUCCGCCAUUCAGCAACACUGUUUCCUCUUCACUCUCCUACAGAUGUAUCACAGCUGGAUUAGCUUUAUGCCAAUGCUAACACAUUUCCUGCUGCUGCUGCUUCACAUUAAAAGACUCCAGCUGGAGCUUUGAUUGUGAAGACUAGGGAUGAUAAUGAUUAAUCAACGACUGAUUAAGAAUUGAACAGAUCAAAUACAGAUUUGACUCUGAAAUCUAAACAAUCUGCAGACUCCUUUAUAUCCUAGCUCUCAGUUUGAGAACAUGUUUCAUGUUAUUGAAAGGGUGCAAUAUAACAAGUUUAUGACAAGGUGGCCAUCUUGGGUUUUGGAAGAGGAGCGUGGCGGCGACAUUAGAAAUUGAAGCAUUAUUCCGUUACAUUCAAUGUGUUUAAUGUCCAGGCUUCUUCAUCUCGAGAAUAAGUAAUAUGGAGCUGUGGGACUUGACAGGGGUCACAAUUAAUCGAUUAACUGAUCAUUAAUGUUACCAAUGAUCAAUUAUUUGCAACCCUUGUGUAGACAUUACAGGAACUAGGUAUAAAUUGAAUUGAUUGAAAUUGGAAUGCAUGUUUUCUUCAGAAAUUUUUGCCUUUUUUUUUUCUUCAAAUAUUUUUGAUUUUUUUUUUUUUUAUCUUUAAACAUUUUUGAAGAUUUUUUGUUUUUUUAAACAAACAAAAUCCUAAAAUGUUUGGCGAUUUUAUUUUUCUUUAAAAAUAAUUUGACGGCAUGUUUUCUUCUUAGAUGCUUAUAUUUAAUGUUUCUAAGAUGUUUUCAAGGUGACUUUUGAACAAAUUUAGGAAUGAUUUUCAGACAAAUAAUCUUUUCCAUGUUCUGUCACUGCAGGUCAGACGGAAUAUGUUUUGAUUAAGUUUGGUUAAUCUUUUACCAGCAGAUAAGGGUGACUAUAAGUAAAAACACUGUUAGCUUCAGUGGAAGGUUCAAAGGUUUCUAACAUCUGAAAUUUGCUCAAUUCACUUGGACAAAAAUAAAUUCAAUGAUGGAUAAAUUAAAUAAAAUGUAGCAACUGAAGCCUCUCAAAUUCACAUUCAACACCAUUUAGUUAUUCUAUUGAAACUUAUAUUUAUACAAUUGAAUUUAAGACUUUCUAAGGAGCUGCAGACUCCCUGUUCUAUAUGGAUUAUAUAUAUAUAUACACAUGUAUUAUUCUGAGUAUGUCCGUUCUACAGCAACAGGAAGAAUCUUGGUUUUAGAAUUUUAUUAUUUGUGGUGAUUGUUGUUGAGUCACACCUGCAGUUUGUGUCCUGUCUUUUCUCAACAAUUAAUAUUUAUUUAAAUAUCCCAUAAUCAAUUAAAGAAACUUUUUUUUCAUGUUUUAAAAGACGUAAGACGUCUGCAGCUGAGUUCUCCGUUGCAGGCAAACAU